GCCUUGGAGCUCCCAACCCCUUGGUGGCGGGGCCUGGGGUUUGGAGCCCCUCCCCUGGGCGGGGCCAGGAAUCCGCGCUCAGGUUGGAGGCGGGGCAAACGUCCUGUGAUCGCACCGCCCCCUUACCUUUUGGCCUUUAGAAACCUAGCGGCUUUCCCACACUUUGCCGGAAGUCCUCGCAACGUUUCCGGCAGAGUUUUUAAAAGCUGACCUGGGAUCCCAGACUCCGAGUCCUUCCGAGAUCUUGUGUUGCUUUGGCUCGGGCAGCGGGAGACUGGUCGGCCGGGAUGCGGAGCGGGUUCCUGAGCGGUGCCCGGCGCCUGUGGGCCCUCCGCGCCUUCAGCCGCUCUGCGCCGCCUCCCGAGGAGCUCUUCGCCCGCGAAGGGCCUCUCCGGGCCUUCCUGGAGCGCCGUGCGGGCUUGGAGGCCGGGGCUCUGGACGCCGGUGAGCCUCAACUGGCGGCGGCGGCUCGGCUGCUCAGCGAGAAGGAGCGGGAGUUGCGGGACACCGAGUCCUUGCUGCACGAUGAAAAUGAAGAGUUAAAGAAACUUGCAGAGAGUGAGAUAGCUCUGUGUCAGAAAGAAAUAACUCAGCUGAAGCAUCAGAUCAUCUCACUUUUGGUUCCUCCAGAAGAAACAGAUGAGAGUGACUUGAUCCUGGAGGUGACUGCAGGUGUGGGUGGUCAGGAGGCCAUGCUUUUCACCUCUGAGAUGUUUGACAUGUACCAGCAGUAUGCUGCAUUUAAAAGAUGGCACUUUGAAACGCUGGAAUAUUUCCCAAGUGAACUAGGCGGCCUUAGGCAUGCGUCAGCCAGCAUCGGAGGCCCAGAAGCCUACAAACACAUGAAGUUUGAAGGGGGCGUGCACAGGGUGCAGAGAGUGCCGAGGACAGAGAAACAAGGCCGGGUCCACACCAGCACCAUGACCGUGGCGAUUCUGCCCCAGCCUGCUGAGAUCAAACUAGUGAUUAAUCCCAAAGAUUUGAGAAUUGACACUAAGAGAGCCAGUGGAGCUGGAGGUCAGCACGUGAACACCACGGACAGUGCUGUUCGAAUAGUCCAUCUUCCCACAGGUAUUGUUUCUGAAUGCCAGCAAGAGAGAUCUCAGCUGAAGAACAGGGAGCUGGCUAUGAAAAAGUUACGUGCAAGGCUAUACAGCAUGCAUCUAGAGGAGGAAACUGCAAAAAGAUACAAUGCUAGAAAGAUCCAGGUUGGAACAAAAGGAAGAUCAGAGAAAAUAAGAACAUACAACUUUCCACAGAACAGGGUUACAGACCACAGAAUAAACAAAUCACUACAUGACCUUGAGAGCUUCAUGCAAGGAGACUGUCUUCUGGAUGGCAUGAUACAGUCACUGAAGGACUAUGCGGAUUACGAAUCUCUAGUAGAAAUGAUUUCCAGAAAAGACUAAGCUAAUGUAUAAAGCUAUUUUGUUAUAUAGACUAGGAAAAUCCUAGAGUGAAUCCUUGUGUGCAAGUACUUAACCGGUAUUCUUGAGGAGUGUAAGGUAACAGUUUUUCGGACUCUUCUCUAUAAAAAGUUAGAUACAAUACUAAGCAGAAAUAUCUGUUUUUACAAUAUAAAGAGACAGAAUCUGACAGUGAAAGUAACAAGCAAUAAAAGUCAGGUACACUGGGACUAGGAAGGAAUGGCCUACAGGAAGUUUCUAGAGAAAACACACCCUUACAAGGUGCUCCCUUCUACAUCAGAGUCAGGUCUCUUGCAGGGGGCAUGGUGUAGCCCACUCUGUGGUGCAAAGGUUCUGGAUUGCCCUGCAGCUGGGAACGUGGGCCUUGCAAACAGAGUACCUCAAGCUCAUGGAGCCUGGUAAGCAGAAAGCCUCUUGUUAAAAUGUGAAUAAAAUUUCCCAAAUAAUAAGCCUUAGUGGGCUCCUGUAUCAGUUCCCCAGAGAACCAGAACCAAGAGGAUGUAGCAUGCAUCCACAGAGAUGCACUGUAAGGAGGAGGCUGGAUUUUCUCUAUUCAGGCCUUUAGCCUGGCUGGGUAAACAUGCUACGUUGCCCAUAAGGGAGACGUAGAUUAACUGACAUUUCACUGAUUUCAAUGUCAGUGCCGUCCAAAACUUGAGAAGAUCUAAAGUAAUGUGUUACCAAAUACACUGGUAACAGCAAGCCAGAUCUGUGAAAUAGACCAUCAAGGUUUCUUUCCAAGAGUACCACUAGAGGCUGUACCAUGGAAGAGGAGAAAUGAACUGUCCUGCCCUGCUUACAGUGUUUCUCCAGCACCUGCUGCCAGCAGGCUUCACAUCCCAGCCACAAAGAAAGGUACAGGCUGCCGUAGUUUCAGUGUCCCCUUCAAAACCCAGGUGUUGCCAGUGUGAUAAUAAGUAUGGCAGCUUCACAACUAAGGUUUUUAAGAGUCCCUUCUGAAUGGGGCUAAAGUCUUAACUGUCAUACACUCAGAGUCACUGCCCAUUUUCAGUAAUGUUUUCAUACAUUUAGUGUCUGAAAUAAAUUGCAAACAAGACAUUUCACUCCCACACAUAUCAACUGGCACUACUUAAUCAUAUAUCAAUCAUCACACAUCAAAAUUCAUGUUAAAUCCCAAAUACUUAAAACUAAUAGUUGAGAUUUAUCUUCUUCUUCCCCAGAUGUGUUGGAGCUGACUUCCUCAAACUAAGAUCUAACUAUGUGCAUAAUCCAGUGGGUUUACCCUUAAGAGACCCCUGGUCCUGAUUUUCAAGAUAUUGCACUGGAUUUUCAUCUAUGAAGAUCAAACUAGAUAUUUUGGUACUAUGUGAGUUGUUUGGACAUUAACACUUAAGACUUGGCCAGUUUACCCAUACCUGGGUGGAAGCGUCACCCAGCCCUUGGCAUCCAUAUAUCCAAAGAGUCUGGAAUGUUUGGGUGGAAGUUCCAUCCCAGCCCUCCUCCCUUGUGAGUUGCCUCAGUCCAGAUUCUAAACCCAGUCAAACGAUGACCCCACUCCAGAGAUGUUCAAGACCACUCCCACCCCAAGAACGAACUGGUCUUCUUUUCCCAUUUUCUUUCUGGGGGCUGGAGAGCCAUCCAGGAGCAUUGGUAUUCAUUAAAUCUGGGCUUAUUCUAAAUCGGUUUGAUUUGGUCUGAUUUAGAUUAUUGUUUCGGUGGAAAGGUUUAUCAGAGUAAAGAAACUUUUCAGUACCGGUUCUUGUGACUUAGUACUGUUGUCGCAAAAAAAUCCUAUUGAAAUGGGGAGGGUUUGACUGUUCCUUGCCAAUAGGAUUUAGGAGCCUCUAGCCUAAAUAAUAAAGGAAUUAUGAGGCACUUCCCCAGAUUUUCUAGAAUCAGCUGUAGUCUUAAGUUUUUAGGAACAAUUAGAAUGUGCUUCUCUUAAAUCACAUAUAUACAAUUAUAUAUUUCAGUACACUUACUUCAUACCGAGGACUUAGUAGUGUCUUACUCUACUGGAAAGUGAGUAGUACAAAACCAUUAUUGAUAGGCAAGGGUUUUCAAGCUGUCUACAGUAUUUAAUACAGAAACCAGGUAACGAGAACAGAAUCCUUCCCUUCUAAUCUCAUGGAAGGUACUUUACCUUUAAAAAUACUUCUUAAA